CCCACUUGCUGUUCACACAAUUCUACUAACAAGACAUUACAGCUGCGCAUUGGAAAUAUCUCUGCCAGUUUUGGGUUGGCAAGUGGGAACAGUUUGUGGGUAGAUCCUGAGUACUACAGCAGUGUACUGUGUUCAAGUAUCAAUUUCCGUCUCACCUUGACAAAAUACAUACCUCUUGUAUUUUCUUCCCCCUCGACAUUUCUCCCCCCUCCCUCUCUCUGUGCUUCUCUUUCGAUCUUCUUUCUCUGCAAUCCCCUUCGAAAGAAACAGAAUUUGAGAUAACAAUAAUGGCGAAGAGAGCCAAAGAGAGAAAGAAUGAGAAAGUAGAGCAUGUUCACGUUCCAAAGUUGUGCCAACAAUCCAGAAGCCGUACCCCUAAACCCCGCACCGACUUCUCUCCUUUCGCCUGCUCGCCGUCCACAUCCUCAUCCUCUGCCCCACCUUCACUUUCUCCUCCCCUUCUCGAUGCUGCCGCCACCACCGCUGCUGGUAAUCGCCUUUGCCCUUCUACCUAUCGCCGUCGUCGUGGUUCCAUGCUGGAUCACUCACGCUUCAAAGAUGGUUGUUCCAGCAUCACAACAGCUAGAAUGGAGCAACGCUGUAAGGAUCCUAUUUCCAGUCACCAAAAUGAAAUCCUUAAGUUCCCUUUGGUUCAAGGUGGUAUGUCCAAGAACAAGGGACUGGAGCAUCUCUUCUCAAACUCAAUUGGAGUACAAUUUACUGAAGUUGAAUCAGGUUCUCAUAAUGCACUGUUGAGCUUCUCAGAUAAUAGGAAGGUUAGAAAACAAGGAAGUGCUACUACUGGAACAUUAUCUUUUACUCCUGAUAAAUUUACAUCAACAGUUACAGAAAGCAAUGAUGUUUGGACUCCAGGAAGUGUAGUAUGGGCAAAAAGAGCAUGCCAGAUGUGGCGGCCUUUAGAAUGCUUUGGAGUAAAGAGCUAUAAUCCUAUUAUAUCAUUUCAGGAUGCUCUGAAACAAAAUUUGCAUAGAAAGAAACACACAAGUCCCUUUAGAGUCUCAGGUGAAAACCCUGAAAUUCAGCACUCCCAGACACCCGACAAAUGGAAUGCAUCAAAUUCAAGCAGAACAGAGGAUGAUCAUGUAGAAAGAGGAAGGGAAAAAAGGAAGAGGAAACCGAAAGUUCAUUUUGAUGAGGGGACAUUUCCAACCAGAUCAGUGAAGAAGCUACGGAGACUCAGGAUAAUGCGGCAUCUUGGCCUUAUAGCUCCCAUUGGAUCCCCUUUUUCACUCCACACGUAAGAACUACUUAAAUCUUUUAGAGUUUGCAGUAUCUAAUUUCUUUGUACUUCCAACAUUACUGAAAUUAAUUUGGUAUUCUUUAUAAUUGCAAUGAAAUCCUAGGUUAAUAUUUGUGGUGCCUUUAAAGAGGAAAUUGCCAUCACAGUAAAGAUUAACCUCUGUGUUUCUCCC